AUGAGGCAGUCACAGAUCCAGAAGAGUGCACCAGUGAUGGGAUGGCCUAAGACUACUACUAGUAAUGAGGAUAAGAACAAAGGGUACCGACUGGAGAAGUAUUUGGACCUAAAAUCUCCAAAUCAGAGGGAUGAAAUUGCAGGUGCCCGGGCCUCAUUGAAGGAGAACUCCCCCAUACUGCAUUCAAUUUGUUCAGCUUGUUUGGAACAUUCUGAUGUUGCAUCCCUUAAAGCUAGCAAGGACACAGUUUGUGGAGAAAUUCAGAAUGCCCUCAAUGUAAUUUCAAAUGCUUCACAGGGCAUCCAGAACAUGUUAGCCCCACCAGAGCCUCAGGCAGCAACCCUGGGAAGUGCCCUUGAUGAGCUUGAGAGUUUAAUUGUCUUGGAUCCACUCACAGUGACUGAGGAGGAAAUAAGACCGUCCCUAGAGAAACGCCUUGAAGCCAUAAUCAGUGGGGCUGCUCUGUUGGCGGACUCUUCCUGCACAAGAGAUUUCCAUCGGGAGCGGAUCAUUGCAGAAUGCAACGCCAUUCGCCAGGCUCUCCAGGACCUGCUUUCAGAGUACAUGAGCAAUGUAGGUAACUGGUUUUCCCUGACCCCAUACACUGGGAAUGUGCCGAGGUUCUUUGUGUGUACAAAACGUGAUAAAUUGUGA